AGAACAUCCCCAUUCUCUUCCCUUCUGCCUAAAACCCUUAUUAGUCUCUGUCUCUCUACUUCUGUUCUAAAAGAUCUUCUUCACUCUCUUUUUGGUCUCUUUAGAAUUAUGGGAAUCGGAGAAGAAAGCACAAAGCCAAUUUGGGGGAGUGUGAGCCACGCGCCUUCAGGCUACGCUCUCAACGGCAAAAUCAUGCUCUCCUCCGUGAUCGUCCUCUUCGUCGCCAUUAUUAUGAUCCUCUGUUUCCACAGCUACGCCCGAUGGUUAUUCCGUCGUCAGAACCGUCGCAUUCGCCGCCGUAUUCGUGCUCACCUCCGCACUCUCUCCGCCUCACCCCGAGACCAAGCUCUCGACCCGGCUGUUCUCGACAAGAUUCCGAUCUUCGUUUACUCCUCCAACUCCAAGAAUCCACCACCACCAGAAGAGAAGGAGGAGUGCUCCGUUUGCUUGUCGGAGUUCGAGGAAGAAGACGAAGGCCGUCUUCUCCCUAAAUGUGGCCACUCUUUUCACGUCGAUUGCAUCGAUACUUGGUUCCGUUCCCGAUCCACUUGCCCGCUUUGCAGAGCUCCGGUUCAAUCCCCGGUUCAGGUCAUUGAAACCGGAUCUUCUUCUUCUUCUCCGCUGAGAUUUCCGACGGAGACUUGCGAGAGAGAACCAAUUGAUCUCGUCGGUAUCAUUGUGGAGAUUCCCAGAGAAUUUGAAUUCCAAGGCUCAAACCCGGGUCUACCCAUCGAAAACGGAUCCAAAUUCCCGGGUAAUCGGGUUUUGUCUUUGAAAAGGCUAUGGAGCAUCUGAUUGCGGGCGGGUAAAUGGGUUUCUAUUUUUUCAAAAACCGCAUGAACUUUGACACGUGGCCGUUAUUACAACGCUGCCGUUUCGUUGAUAGUAUGAGAAGCUCUCAUCCAAAUGAACCAAUAGUCCAAUU